AUGGCCACCAAGUCGCGCGUGAUCCUUGCGUCGACGUGGGCGUUUGAAGAUGAUGCCGCACGAGAAAUGCGUGAUCAGCUCAAGUCGGAGGCUGGCAACGCAGACUUAGGCAUCGAGUAUAACGGCAAUGACAAUGUAUUCGUUAUUCAUGGCGAGAAUCUGGAAAGAUCUAUGGCUAAGUUCGGGGCUCGGAUGACGGAUUACAUUGAAGAUCAGAGAAACAAAGAUUUGCUCGACAUUCCUCGUGUACGGCGGUUGGAAGUAUCGGAAGUUGCCACCGCAGAUGAAGACACCGCCGAAGUUCCAGAAUCUGAAGCCCAGGGCAAUCUUCUGGCCUUAGAUAGCGACAGUGGCGACGAGGCUACAUAUACGCAAUGGACAAAGAAUUGGCUCUCCUCGAGUGGUGGAAUUGGAUACUUCUCUCAUGCGCCACGAGACUUCCUCAAGGAAGUGGGAACCCUCACUGGGACCCAAAUCAGUGUCGAAAGCCAGGCGAAAGGGCUUCAAGUCUUGGGGAAGAACACAAGUGAUGUUGAUGAUGCCCUGGAGAAGCUAACGAGACUCGACAGUUCGUUGUCGCUUAUGACAAGACCCCAAAUCAACCACGCCCUUCAGGUUCCUGAAAAUGUCGCCUUGCGCUUCAAGCUUGGCAGUUAUGAAAAUCGCCAUGGAAUCGCCUCGCGACACAUCCUCGCAGAUCCCAAUGUCCCGCUCAACGCCAAGCUCUCCCAAAUGGCUGUCACAGUGGCACUGGGCUUUGACGCUGACAAACGAGGCUUCGCCGUCACCCAACAUAUCAAGCAGCCUCAGUCUUCGAACGUUCCGGUCGUAUCCCGAAUCUGGUCUGAUUACAAGUUUCAGGAGAUAGGAGACGGGGCGAAGUAUCUCCAGCUUGAGGCUGUUACUGAAAAGCGUGACACUGCUUCCGCCUCUGACGCCGGUGACGAGGCCACCUCUGGUGGUAAUGACGACGUCUCCUCUGA